AUGGCCAGAAUUGCCGAACCCAUGGCCUACAGCUCAGUCUUCCCAUAUCUGCCCAGCAUGGUCAGCAGCUUUGGUGUUCCUACCAACAAGGUUGGAAGUUGGGUAGGACUCACAUCUGGUGUCUUCUCUAUAGCACAAAGUACCACUGCUGUGGCUUGGGGAAAGGCCUCCGAUAUCUACGGCCGGAAGCCGAUCAUCAUCUUUGGCCUUAUGAGUUCCAUGAUCUGUUUCAUAGUAUGGGGCAUGUCUACGAAUUUACCUAUGGCCAUCAUUGUCCGAGCCAUUAUGGGAGGUGGAAACGGAAAUGUCGGUAUCAUCAGAACAGUGGUUGCUGAGCUGGUCCCUGAGAGGGAACUUCAACCAAGGGCAUUCUCCAUCAUGCCUAUUGUUUGGAGCCUGGGUUCUAUCAUCGGACCCAGUUUCGGAGGUCUCUUUGCUGAACCUGCAGAACAAUAUCCCGAAAUCUUUGGCCAUAUCGAGUUCUUCAAGCGCUUCCCCUUUGCCCUACCAAAUCUGAUUCUCAUGGUUUUCUUUCUAUUCUCAGCUACCAUUGCAGCCUUGUUUCUCCAUGAAACACUUCCUAGCAAGCGAGGACACCGAGAUUGGGGCCUCCUGGUAGGCGAGCGUAUCACUCGCUCUUUCAAGACCACUCGUCCAACACUUUCUACCCGUCGAGCUUCGUUUGUAGAUGGCGAAGCUACGUCACCGCUUCUUCCUAACAAGACAGUACCAAAGAAGAGGACACACAAAGCUUCAGAACAUGCUAAGAAAGAACGCGUCAUUACCCGUGCAACAGCCAUGAACCUCUUGAUCUAUACACUUCUCGCAUUCCAUUCUGUGGCUUAUGAUCAGAUCCUCAGUGUCUUUCUCAGACACCCUGUUGAAGAGCAUACUCCUGAGAAUACUUCAUUUCCCUUCUAUUUUUCAGGGGGGUUUGGCAUGAAACACAGUCUUCUCAUGCCACUUGCUUACUUCCUCACCCCUUACUGUGUUCUAUUCCCGACACACAAGGGCCGCAUGGCCGCUCUCAUGGGCGUUAUGUUCAUCAAGGCUGCUGGAAUCAUUGUUGCAUUUCCAUCUGUCACUAUCCUUCUGACAAACUCCUGCACUUCUCUCCGUGUACUUGGUACGCUCAAUGGCUACGCCACAACCUUCAGUGGCCUAGGUCGUGCACUUGGUCCAGCUUCGACAGGUGCUCUUUUCACCUGGGGUGCCGAUCAUGGCUACGUGGUAACUGCAUGGUUCUUCCUCAUGUUUAUUGCUAUCUUAGGCGCUAUCCCGGCUUACCUCGUUGAAGAAGGAGAGGGUCCUUCCGCUUCCGCUUCAAGCUCAGCAGAGAAUAGUGACACGGAAAACGACCAGGCAUCGUCUUCAUCGAGUACGAUAUUGUUACCUGAAGAUUCCGCGAUUACGUCUGAUUCUGAUUCUGAAGAGGAGCUGCCUUUGACCAAGACUAAGUCGAGGUCUGUAGAACAAAGCUACGGAACUAUGACUGGACGAAAGUGA